UAGGAAUGGGGGAAGGAGGGCUUCCGCAAAAAGAGCGGGAAUUUUCUCAUCUUGAAGACUUCUCCUUUAAAACAGUCCCUCCUUCUGCUUUUGACGGGGAAAGCUGUCUAAUCGUCCACAGAAAAAAUUGCUGAAAUUCUGUGGCUCACUCAUCAGUCAGGUAAGAAUACCUGAGGAAAGCAAGUGUCUUCUCUACAGUACUACCGACAGUGACACAACAUCCCUCCCAGCUAACCAGCAAAAGCCCAGAUAAGCUCUUUAGACUUCAUUGCUGUGGUUCAUUCUGCCUUAUUUUGGUUCUGGAGACACUAUCACAAUGAAUUUCCUGCGAAGGCGCCUCUCAGACAGUAGCUUUGUGGCCAACCUGCCAAAUGGUUACAUGAUGGACCUUCAGCGUCCCGAUAACUCCACCAGCAACCCUGUUUCCCCAGCAACAGAGAGGAGGCAGCAGCCUUUACAGCAGCCUCCUCUUUCUUCUGGAACCAGCAUCUUCAGCUCCAUCUCCAGUGCCAUGAAGCAGACCACACAAGCAGCUGCGGGACUGAUUGAGCAGUCAGCCAGCCCCACUCCUGUUGUAGCUCAGCAGAAACCUCAAGUCCUCUUGGUAAUUGACGAUCCACACACAGAUUGGGCUAAGUAUUUUCAAGGGAAGAAGGUAAAUGGUGAAUUUGAGAUACGAGUGGAACAGGCAGAAUUUUCAGAACUUAACCUGGCUUCAUAUGUGACUGCUGGGUGUAUGGUAGACAUGCAGGUCAUAAGAAAUGGCACCAAAGUGGUCAGAUCCUUCAAGCCUGACUUUGUUCUCAUCCGGCAGCACGCUUACAGCAUGGCACUUGGGGAGGAUUUUCGCAGCCUUGUCAUCGGCCUCCAAUAUGGCGGAGUCCAGAGUGUCAAUUCUCUUUUCUCUAUCUACAAUUUCUGCAGCAAACCCUGGGUGUUCUCCCAGUUAAUUAAAAUCUUCAACUCUCUGGGUCCUGAGAAGUUCCCUCUUGUGGAACAAACCUUCUUCCCAAGCCAUAAGCAGAUGAGCAAUCUCACAGUGGCCGAAUUCAGAUGUAACGCAAAACCAGAGAUCACAACUCCAGCUUUUCCUGUUGUCAUCAAGCUGGGGCACGCUCAUGCUGGAAUGGGGAAGGUUAAAGUUGAAAACCAGCACGACUUUCAAGAUAUUGCAAGUGUGGUGGCCAUGGCCAAAACAUAUGUCACGACAGAGACUUUCAUUGACUCCAAAUAUGAUAUCCGAAUCCAGAAAAUUGGCAACAAUUACAAAGCUUACAUGAGGACAUCGAUCUCUGGAAACUGGAAGGCAAACACAGGUUCUGCCAUGUUGGAACAGAUUGCCAUGACUGAGAGGUAUAGAGUCUGGGCAGAUUCGGUUGCGGAGAUGUUUGGAGGACUCGAUGUUUGUGCAGUCAAAGCUGUCCACAGCAAGGAUGGAAAAGACUACAUCAUUGAAGUGAUGGACAGCUCAAUGCCUUUGAUAGGGGAACACGUGGAGGAAGACAGGCAGCUAAUUGCAGAUCUGGUUGUCUCCAGGAUGACUCAGGCCCUCACGACUGUGGGAGCCUCCCCUUCACCGCUGAGACCUUGGCCUCAGCCCAUGAAAUCACAAACUCAGCCAGGACCACAGCUUGGACACCUUUCCCAACCCCGGCCACCUCCUCAAGGGGGCCCACGCCAGCCUCAGGGAUCACAGCCUCCGUGGACUGGCGCUCCACCCCAGCAAAGACUCUCGCCACAGGGGCAGCAACCUCUGAGCCCCCAAUCCACCUCACCGCAGAAGUCACCUGGAUCUCCCCAGCAAACCAGAUCAUCUGCAGGAAGCUCACCAAGCCAGCCAGCCAAACCAGGCACCUUCCCCCCACAGCAGCCUAGACCUCCAGCUCAAGGACGGGGUCCUGGCCAGCAAGGCUCUGGCGAACCAGCCAAGCAGCAGGCCCUGCCUCAUCCCCAUCUAAACAAAUCGCAGUCCCUGACAAACACCUUCAGCCUCUCAGAAUCGGCUCAACGGGGAAACCCCAAUGAAGAUGAGGCAAAAGCUGAAACUAUUCGUAACCUGCGGAAAUCAUUUGCUAGCCUGUUUUCAGAUUAAUAUUUCACCCUAGUCAGAUUUUUUUGUGUGAAUUGCCCACUCUUUUUAUAUUUACCUAUCCAGUCUUGUCCUUGAAUUUACCCAGUAGUACCUAUAGUUUCUUGCAAGGGUUUAUUCACAAGUGCAGUAAAGAAUUUUUUUUUUUAAAUCAGUAAGUAGUGGAAUCUCUUGUGCCUCCCUGCCCUGCUCCUCUGCAUCAAUGCCACAUCUAGAUCGUGCAUGCAUGUGUAUUGUCAAUGACAUAAGUAACACACACACACACACACACAAAUAAUGCCUGCCCUACUCCAAGUUUGAGGGGUAAAGCUCAGGGCUCCAUGGGUUGUAAUGUAUGCACAGUAGCUCCAACACUCAAAAGUGCUACACAGGUCCAGAAUAAAAUUACAUGCUUAUGCACUAUCUAGACUACGGAAGAUGCAAGGCAACAGUGAAUAGGGAACAAUCCAGUUGUCCAGCCAUUCCUUCACCAUAUUCACGCGAUUGCAUGCGUGAAUAAGCCUAUAGCCUGCAAGCAAAACUCUUCAAAAGUUAUCUUGCCCCUUACGUAGCAGCUUAAGUAUACUGGUAUGUUUCUUUUAAAUCAGUUUCAAGGAUUGCAACACUUAACAUACACACCCCACCCUAUUCCAUGAAAAGCUUUCCGAUCAGUCUAUGCCCAGUAUCAGGCCAACUUUGAAUAACCCUCCUUACAGAGCAGACAUCACUGACACAGAAAGACAGGGUCCCCUUGGCAUGCCAAAUAAGCCAAUGCACCUCAACUUUCUACAAUAGUUGUAAACUGUAACAAGAACCAACACUUGUUAUUGUCAGAGUCUAUUCUCAAUUAGAGCUGCAUUUUAGGGUGCAAGUAGACAUGGCAGAGGAAAUCUAGGUUUCAUUUUAAUGAAAAUGGGGGCAGGGAAUAAGAUCAUGCCUACACUACUACCCUCUCUCUUAAGUAAAAUCUCCCCAAUGGCCAUGUGAUCCAGGCUUGGGAAAGUACAUACAGGUAAUUUCAUCGUGACAUUUUAGUUCAGCUUCAGUAUGGCACAGAAUCCAUGAAAGCAGAAUAGUUGCUGCUGCUGCUAACACAUUUAGCAGUGUUUGUUUCAAAGCCUUGCUGGGAGGAGUUCCUCAUUUCCUGCGACAGAUGCCCUGCAAGCAGAGCUCAAAUAAUAGACAGGACCCAAGACUUCUACAAGCUGCACUCAAACCAUGAUCAGUUGCAGCCAGAUUUACAAGAUCCAAUCUGGCCUCCAAAUACAAGUUAUUUGCCAUCCGGGGCACCAGAAGUAAGGGUGGAUAAAAUGGGUCAUUCUGGAGGCCAGAAUGGAUCUUAGCAGACCUGCUGCUUUGCUAAUCUUCCACAAAGAUGCAAUCCACACAAGCUUCCUUUUUACUACCAUGUUGAUCCUAGGUAACAAAUGAUUUCAUCGGAUGUUACACCUCCAUACAUUGGUGAGAAAAAAAUAUAUAUACCCUUGAAUUACAUUUAUAACCAUGCAAUGUGUAUGUGUGAAGAUGUAAACUAGCAGUUUACAUAAAGUAAAGUUUACAACUUUACUGCAGUAUGGAGCAAACAUCAUGCACUUUAGAUAGGAAACAACUGAGUGAAAAUAUUUCAGCUAUACCAGGGCUAGGAUAAGAUAACGAAUUAAUUCCCUAGAUAAAUUCAAGAGUCAGGAAGUAGCAAGGCCAGCAUAACCAUGGGGCAAAGUGAAACAGCUACUUCAGAAUUGGAUUGGGAAGAAAUUUACCCAGCAGAACUUAAGACAGAGUGCGAGAACGUAUGCAUCAGGUCACCUAGUAUAGCCAUCUUGUCAUCCAGUGGUGACAAAUGAGAUAAUAGUGCCUCAAAGACAAAAACAUGGGAUGGAACCAGUUUGUUUCUCUUUUGGAAGUCCAGCCACAUUAUCUGUGGCACCACUGUCAGUUAGGCCUUUGCAGCACGGACAUUUGGCAGCCUAGCAAGCUCAGGAUACGUACCAAGUACAAGAGUGAGGAAGGGCAGAAAACAUCAAUUGCCAGAAUUCUAGCUGUUCUCUUCUCACUUUGAAACCAAAUAAUAUAUAGGAUUUCCUUUUUACAGCAAUAAAGUAAACAAGACCUCAGUCUGGCACCAAGUUUCAAACAGAAGCAAAAAAACACCCCUGUAGCUACAACAGUCGGGUUCUACAAUAAGGCGCAUCAGUAGUAUUCUUUGCACUCUGAAGCUAGAGAGUAGCUCAGACUUGCAUGGAAGUCAAUGCCAAUGUGUGGGAUCAGGCUAUGGCUACUCAAUGAUGAGAGAGAGGGCAGGAAGCUUUUUUCUAACAUGUUCUAGAGUUGCACCUGGCAUUCUCCUGCAAAAUAUUACUCAACAGCUGAACUUGCAGACCACAGUGCUGGUACUACUUGCAUGCGCACUUGCAAAAUAUCUCACACUGUAUACAUUACACUGGGCAGAGUCUAAAUUAAGGGAAAGCCAUCACUAUAUUUGAACGUUUAGCAGAAAUUUGGAUUGUACUGAUACUUUGAUGUACAAUUCAGCCUUUGAAACAUGGAAGGAUUGAAACUUUCCAUUUAAAAGAGCCAUAGUUUAAUGUUGUCUAUCCUGUGCUGUGCUAUCCUAGGAUGAACUUGUAGUCCAACUCAAGGCUUUUUGUUCUGCAAAAUGUAUUUUCAAGAAAACCAUUUAACCAUUGCAUAUAACACAGAAGACAGCAAUAUAAACAGACUAUUCUGCACACCUACCUAACCUGCUUGGAAACAGAGGUUUUGUCAAUGUACCAUUUGAAACCAGAACCAAACGGUCCCAGCUGCCUAGCAAUUGCUAACAGAGGGUUUCCCCUGCACUAGGACAUCAGAGUGAUAUAGUGGCUAGAAAGGUUGGAUUUUGAUAAAGGAGAUCCAGUCUUAAAUCCCCACUCAGACAUAAAACUCACUUGCCUUAAGCAAGUCAGAGUUUAACCUACCGCAUAAGGAUAAAAUUACAUAGCCUUUUCUGCACUGGAGAGUGUGGGAGAAAUGAGAAGUAGCUCCUCCCAUCAAUAGUAAAAGGCUUUGCCAGUAAAAGGCUGACUACAUCAGCACAACAGAGUAGCAGAGGAGGUUUUACCUAUCCACCUAGUAUUUUGAAUGGAAGGUGGCAUUGUUGGAAACUUACCAUGAUAGCAAGUUUCUGAAAGAAAAUUAGAAGGGAACAGAUGUUCUUUGGCACAUCAGAACUGCAUUGACUAUACUCAAGCCAUUUCUUAGAGCUGUUUAGGAAUGUUCCAGUUGUAAUUAUAUAAAUUAGUUUAGCCUGUUAUGGGCUAGCAUUAAAGAAUCGUUGAUGUACAUGCCAAUCAAUCUGUGAAGAUGUGUGCACAAACAGAUACAAUCCUACAAAAGGGUUGCUUUUCCAUUUUCUUCCCCAAAUAUCUAUUAUGCACAGCUCUAUUUGGAAACCAAUCAAACCCAAACACUUGGUAAUUAAUUUAAUUCAUUCCUAUCAAAAUCAGUACCACAAGAUCACUUAAAAUCUAGUUAACUGGUGAGCUAGCAUGGCUGUGGCUGAAGAUACAAGACUGGGAAAAGCCACCCAAAAUUAAGAGGGGUAAUUAAUUCUCUCUCAACGGUAGGAGAGUACCAGAUAAGACAAUCAACUUUUGUUCAACCAGCUUUGGAAGGCAUAUCCAUGCUGACCCUUCAGAAAGGAGAGGUCUAGCAUUAACUCCUGUAUGAUUGACUAUAUUAACAUUCAGAGUUACAUCAUAUGAUGAUCCACGGUGUCACUCAAACAAAUGGUAUGGAGCAGAAUCUGGUAUCUUUACACUGAUGUAAUGUGACCAUAAGCAAAGUUAAGUGAAAACAAGUCUUGAACUCACUCACCUCCACUACAGCUUCAGUGUUGUUCUUGUUUAAUUGUACAUUUUGUUUUAUGAUACACUUAAAGCCUUCUCCUGGAAUUUGCAAGAGAAUGAUCUGUGGCAGAAAGGCAACAUCUUUUGUCCGAAUUGUUGACAUGCUUACUAAUGGUUUGGGUCAGAUUCUGGGCUGCACUGUAGCAUGUUGUUACUCAACUGUUUGUAGGAUAAACUGUUCAAUGUUUCAUUCAUUAAGUGUACAAACAUGUUUUAACCCUGUAACCUUUUGUGCAUUGAGGUCCCCAAUACCAAAAUUGAUUUUCAAAUAAUAAAAGACAAAAAUAAAUCUUU